AUGUUUCGAAAAGCUGAACAAGAAGCUCUUCUCGCUGGUCAUGGUCGUGUCAAUCAAUUAGGUGGAGUUUUUAUUAAUGGUCGUCCUUUACCUGAUCAUAUUCGUCGAAAAAUUAUUGAAAUGGCAACUAAAGGAAUUCGUCCUUGUAUGAUUAGUCGUGAACUUCAAGUAUCUCAUGGUUGCGUAUCAAAAAUACUUUCACGUUAUGCUGAAACAGGUUCAUAUAAACCAGGUGUAAGUAGUCGACGACAAACUAAAUUUAAUACUCAACAAAUAAAUGAUAAUGAUCUAACAAUUGAAGAAUCAGAUGAAAGUAAAAAUAAUUCACUUAAUGAAACUUUACCAACACCUAUAACAGCUUCUCGACGUCGUUAUCGUUCAUCAUUUACUAUUGAACAAAUACAAAUUCUUGAACAAUUCUUUUCUCGUACACCAUAUCCUGAUGUAACAACACGUGAAAAUCUUUCAAAAUAUUUAAAUAUUGAAGAAAGUCGUAUUCAAAUAUGGUUUAGUAAUCGUCGUGCUCGUACUAAAAGAUCAACAACAACAACAACUACAUCUAGUCCAAUAUCAACACAUGAAGAAGAAAAUAUCGCAUCAUCAUUUACAUCGCUAUCCAUAGAUAUGAAACAAUUUUCAACAAAUAAUAAUGAUAAUUUUGAUCCAACUAUAACAUCAAGUCCAUCAACAAAUUAUUGGCCAUCAACAUCGCCGAUGACUCCUACACAAACUUAUAAUUCACAAUAUCCAUUGACUGAUUAUUAUUAUUACCCAUCAAAUACCACAUCCGUUUAUCCGAACUAUCCAAUGUCAUAUUCAUCUUUUCCUUCGUUCUAUUAA